AUGGCCACAGUUAUCAAUAAGAGUGUCGGCCCCAUUGGCUACGGCCUCAUGGGUAAGUCUAAUACUUUCAACGCCUACAAUCUACGCAACAACAACUUUACUGACACUUCUUCUCUGAUAGGCUUCACCUGGCGCCCUGAGCCUCCGCCAUUGGACCAAGCCAUUGCAGCUCUGAAAACCGCCCUCAACAACGGCAUGACGCUCUGGAACGGCGCAGAGUUCUACGGCCCGCCCGAAUACAACUCCAUGACUCUGCUCAAGGCCUACUUCACAAAAUACCCCGAGGACGCCGACAAAGUCACCCUCAUCAUCAAGGGCGGCGUGGACCUCAAGACACUCAAGCCCGACGGAAGCCCUGAAAACGUUCGACGAUCUCUCGACAACAUCAUCAGCCAGCUCGGCGGUACCAAGAAGCUCGACCUCUUCAGCUGCUCGCGGAGAGACCCCAGCACGCCCCUGGAGGUGACUUUUGGUGUUAUUCAGAAGGAGUACAUCGACACAGGCAAGCUAGGCGCCAUUGCGCUUUCGGAAUGCAGCGCCGAUACGAUCAACGAGGCGGCAAAGAUUGCAAAGAUUGGUACCGUGGAGGUGGAGCUGAGCAUCUUCACGCCAGAUAUCCUUAAGAACGGCGUUGCUGCCGCGUGUGCCCAGCACGGCAUCCCCAUCACCGCAUAUUCUCCCAUCGGACGAGGAAUCCUCACCGGUCGAUUCAAGGAAGUCUCAGACCUCCAGCAAUUCGGCUACAUAGCCACCUUCCCGCGCUUCCAAAAGGCCGCCUUCGAGCACAACCUCAAGCUCGUCAACCAGGUCGAGACCCUCGCCAAGGAAAAGGGCUGCACCCCAGCCCAGCUCGCCGUCGGCUGGGUUCACAGCCAGAGCAACCGCCCGGGCCUGCCUACCAUCAUCCCCAUCCCCGGCGCAACAACCGCGGCACGAGUGGAGGAGAAUUCGAGGGUGGUCAAGUUGACGGAGGAGGACAUGAAGAAGAUCAACGACAUCAUCGAGUCAUUCGAUGUUGCCGGUGAGCGGUACCCUGAUGGCGCGCCGAGGAACACCUAG